GAUAGCUUAUCCAUCAAUUUCUACAGUUCAUAUUUUUUCCCUCGGCAAUAAAUAAAGGCUCAUUUCCCCCAACACUAAAAUAGAGAUUUAAAAUUUUCAAAGAACCGAAUAAUAGUCCACAGAAUAUAUGUCCCAUGAUUUGUUCAGCCUUUUCCUUACUAGUAAGUAGACAUGAAUUAGCGUUUAUGCCCUUAAUAAAACACCUAUCCUCAGUGCUAGGAUGGGACCUCAGGGCUUCCCUAAUCCACCGCAAUGCCUAGCCGCUAGGGACAGCGACACAAAGAAGCGCAGUCCCCAGCCAAGCACCGCCCCUCGAGCUCCCACUCCAGCCGGGAGGAAGUGGGGAGGAGGAGACUGCUCGGGAAACCCCUCCUCUCCUCUGGCUCGGGUCCCUCCCCGCUCCGGGCUCAAAGCUCGCAGCUCGGCGGCUGGUCAGUGCUCUGCAGGGAAGCCCCUUCCCCGCCAGACUGUGCGUCGCUCGCAGCGGUACGCCCUGUCCCCUCCCAGCUGCCCGGUGGAAAUUGCAGGGAAACCUGAAACCGAUAGAGCCAUGGCGACUCCCUCUGCUGCCUUUGAGGCCCUUAUGAAUGGAGUGACAAGCUGGGAUCUCCCUGAAGAUGCUGUCCCAUGUGAACUGCUUCUUAUAGGCGAGGCCUCAUUUCCUGUGAUGGUGAAUGAUGUAGGCCAGGUGCUCAUUGCUGCCUCCUCCUAUGGUCGAGGUCGCCUGGUGGUUGUAUCCCAUGAGGACUACUUGGUGGAAGCCCAGCUCACUCCCUUUCUUCUCAAUGCUGUGGGUUGGCUUUGUUCCUCCCCUGGGGCUGCCAUUGGUGUACACCCAUCUCUGGCACCAUUGGUCAAAAUCCUUGAGGGCUCUGGAGUAGAGGCAAAGAUUGAACCAGAAGUGAAUGACUCCCUGGGAGUUUACUGUAUUGAUGCCUACAAUGAAACCAUGACUGAAAAGCUGGUCCAGUUUAUGAAACGUGGAGGGGGCUUGCUCAUGGGAGGCCAAGCCUGGGAUUGGGCCAACCAGGGUGAAGAUGAAAGGGUUCUGUUCACAUUUCCUGGGAACCUGGUGACCAGUGUAGCUGGCGUGUACUUCACUGACAACAAAGGAGACACAAGUUUCUUUAAAGUCUCCAAGAAGAUGCCUAAGAUCCCAGUCUUAGUUAGGUGAGUACCUUACCCCAGUGGAAGUCGGUCCCAGAUUAAAAAGCAGACAUGGCUUUUAUUGCCAGGUUGUUUCCAGGGUAGCAAAAAGGAAUUUGAAACUUUGAUUUACCACAGGUCAACUAGAUUUUUAAAAUACUCCAGGGAGCACGGUCUUCAUUGCCACUGUCUUCCUAGACCAGACCAUUUACCUCUUCAAGAGGAGGAACUCCUUAUUGACCAUUGUAUCCUUCAGAGUCUAGCCUAAUCACCAUAUUGGUGACCCCAAGAGUUGGCAUGAUUAAUUCAGGAAGAUACAUAGCAUUUUUAUUUUGACCGAAAAGGAAAACAUAGAAAGAAAAAAUAAAGGACUCCACAGGCCAAAAGAACUUCCAGCCACAUAUGGUUAGGAUGGGAAUAAGAAGCAGAGUAUUCAGAAGUUGAAAUAGUGAAGUGGAUGGUACAAGGUCUAUGUGCUAAAUGUAGGAUUUAGGAGAAAUCCUUAAAAAAUAAGAAAACUGCCAAAUUAAUGGAGAUAAAUAUGAGCAUGAACCCUCAAGUAGUU